UCAGUCUGUUUAUCGUCUCCGUUGAAAUAGUCACAACUAAAUUCUCAGCCUGAGUCCCCGGAUUCAAAAUUCCAAAUUCAGUCUUAUUUCUGUUGCUAAUUGUUUGAAACUCCGCAGCACCACCAUGUGUAUGCCAUUCAUCAACAAAGUGCUGCGCCGCAACAAACACAACAGGAACAGAAAUCCCACACCCGCACCCAGUGCGACUGACUUGUUGCAGCUUCCUCCGGUGGGGCAGGUAGCGGCGACGCCCGAGGAGACGAUGGCAGAACAGACGGCGGCGGCACCAGCACCAGCUGAUGUCCCAGCACUAGCUCCAGCAGCAGCAGCAGAGACAACAACGACGGUUCGCACACCGGUGAUGCCGAUGCAGUCGCCCGCCGCCAUGGCCAUAGCAAUGGCAGCCAGCUUUGCGGCCAGCGGUCGACCCUCCAGGACCUUGUCGACGAUCACCAGCGUGAACAGCAUAAUAGCCAACAAUUACGCAGCCACCGUACAGGUGCAGGAGGCCCAUAAUGCCUCGCCCGCCACCGUAGUCGGUGCUGAUGUCGCUGACGCUGCUGCUGCAGUAGACGGCGGCGGAAUUCCCGCAGCACCUAGUACCGUCUCCUCUUCUGGGCGCAAGAAGACCUGGCUGGAGUUUUUUGGCAUGAGCAAAAAGAAAUCCAGCAUCGAUUCGCUCUAAGCGAAGAGGCGAGGCGGCAGGACUAACAGGACAGGGCGAGACGACUGGCAGCAGAGACAGGAUCAGGAGCAUUCACAGACAAACAUUUACGUUCAAACUUUUGGCUGGCACAUUUUAAAAGGAAAGGGAAAAUAAACAAAGCGCUACACCCACCCA